AUGAGUGAGUUCGAAACAUUCAUGUUGGCGGCGGCCGAGCGGGCCCCAUUUCUGCUUGGCGAGACCACCGUACCUUUGUCCCAGCAACCGCAGCAGCCACAAAGGAAAAGACCUCGAGAUAAUGAUGAGGUGCUGAGCGCUGGGGGUGCCAAGAAGCAGCAGACUCGGGAGGAGAUCAUCUCACGGCUACAGCGGAUGCUGGUGGACGGACCAUUGCAGCCGCUUGGGGCUGAGCACGCGCUGUACCACGUCCUUCUUCCCGCAUUUCUCGCUGCCAUGCAGGCAGCGCGGAGCGUGUGGGAGGCAAAACAGGCCCUCCAAACCUCAGGGGAGGCAGGGCUUGCGAGGGAGGAGGGCAAAGGAGACAGUAGCGGCAGCGGCGAUGCUUCUGCUCUCAGCGCCGCCGCGGCGGCGGGAGGAGAGACCGGCACCCAGCAGCGACCGAGCGCGGAGGCCUUGCAGCGCGCUGUGUCUUCCGCACAGACGACGUUGAGUGCUCGGCGGCGCGACCUGGACGCCGCCGAAGCGAAAGUCCGCUUGUUGGUGAGGUCCAUGACACAGUACGUUGACUCGGUGACGGAGCGACGCGGUGAGGUGGACGGGUAA